ACUAGACUAUAGUAAACAAAAAAUGUUAUAGGCAUUGUGUAGGUAAUAAUUUAAAUAAUUAUUAUAAUAAGUUGCUUUAUAAAUGAAACUGUGCUAUAAAUAUUUAAAAUAGUGACACCAAAUCUGUGAAAUAUGGGUAAAAAAUAUUACUGUGAUUACUGUGAUAAGAGUAUGGUCGCGACACCGUCUAUAAUAAGGACUCAUAUUAAUGGAGUGGUACAUCAAAAACUGGUAAAUGAACAUUAUCAGCGAUAUAAAGACCCAGAGAUAGUAUUACAAGAAGAAAGUGCAAAAAAACCGUGUUCAAGGUUCAUGAUGGGAGAAUGUAAGUUUGGAGGUAUUUGUAGAUACUCUCAUUACACACAGGAAGAAUUAUGUCAUUUAAGAAAUUUAGUGGCUGCAAAAAAUAAAAGUACAGAUAAUCAUCAACCAUCUUUUGAGGAUUUGUAUAAAAAAUUACAAAAUGACAAAAACACAAGAGCAAAUGACACAGAUGAUAAAAACACCGUAGUUUAUGACGAAAAUGGCGUCACACAUGUUUUACCAUGGAAUUAUAAUCAACACCUAGAUGCUUAUGGUGAUAAUUUACCACCGAGUAUAAAAAAAUUUAAAACUAGUGAUUUUUCUAAAGCCGUAAUAACAGACUGGGGCUGAUGUGAAUGACGAACAUUUUAGUGUGAAAAGAUUCGUUUAAUUUUGUUUGUAAAUAUGUUUAACUUUUGUAUAUAAUUAAAUAAAUGUUAUAUUUACACAA